CAAUGAAACAACUAAAAAAUAAAGAAAUCCUCCGUAUAAAUUCGCGGCAAGUCUCCUACCUAUAAAACAAUCCCGAUUCCCCACCCCAAUCUCUCCUCAUCACAAGCCCAAGAAAUCCCGCAAAAAUCACCAAGAAACAAGCGAAAAAUCCCAUCUUUCCUCGAAUCCGCGGAGAGCAACCAUGGCCGAGUCCGCCAACGACGCCCCGAUCGCCAGCAACCAGCCCGCCACGGAGGAGGAGGUGACGGUGGAGAGGGCAACGGAGGAGGAGAGGCUGAGGUACCUGGAGUUCGUGCAGCAGGCGGCGGCGCAGGCGCUGGUGCUGGCGGCGGCGGCGUACGCGUACGCCAAGCAGGGCGCCGGGCCGCUCCGCCCGGGUGUGGACCACGUCGAGGGCACCGUCAAGGCCGUCGUCGGGCCCGUCUACGACCGGUUCCACGCCGUGCCGCUCGACCUCCUCAAGUUCCUCGACCGCAAGGUCGGUGAGUCUGUCGAGGAGCUGGACCGUCGCGUCCCGCCGGUGGUGAAGGAGGCCCCCACCCUCGCCCGCUCGGCAGCUGCUGAGGUCCGCCAGGCUGGUCUCGUGGGCACAGCCACGGGCCUCACCAAGUCGGCCAUCGCCCGCGCCGAGCCGAAGGCCCGGGAGCUCUACACUCGCUACGAGCCCAUGGCGGAGCGCAGGGCCGCUGAGGCCUGGGUCGCCCUGAACCGCCUCCCGCUGGUGCCGUCGGUGACUAGGGCCGUGCUCCCCACUGCCGCGCAGCUGUCGGCUAGGUACAACUCCGCCGUGCGCGACGGCGCCAAGCGCGGCAACACGGUCGCCACGUACCUCCCGCUGGUGCCUACCGAGAGGCUGGCCAGGGUGUUCGGCUGCCCCACGGCCGACGCGGCACCGGCGCCGGAGAUGCAGCCCAUCCCGUCGCAGUAGAGAUGGAAUGGAACCGCUGAACGUCUGAAACUACAUUGCCGUUACAUAUAGCAGUGGUAUGGUGUAGUGGUGAGCUUCUGUGUGUCAUGGGGUGAAUCGAAGUUUGUAGGUGUGGUUGGUGCUUUGAUAUGCACCUGGAGGUGACUUGUUUUGUGUUGUUAUCUACUACUGUGGUAAUGCACCACCUUGUCGGAAUAAAUUUUAGCAGUGUUUUGUGAA